GUAAAUUAAUUUCGUAAAAAUAAUCGGUAAAAACAUGACGUAUGGAUUAUCGUUGUAAUACAUACACAGUUUAUUUACCAAUACACUGUAAUCUGAACUGUUCACCAAACACCAGAACAAGAAUCAAGGGGCGAUAUAGCUUUUACUGCCUAGAGAAACCAAGAGAUUUUGUGUAAAAUAACGAUGGAAAUAUUGUGUUACGUUUUUCUUUUCUUAUUCUUAAUGAUGUCGUCAAAAGGCAAUGUGAUACCGUCGUUCUACAGAGACAAGGUCCAGCAAUAUUCCUACUCUCUCCAGUCUACGACCACGGACGAAAUUCUGUUCAACAUGUGUUUCCAGACACCACCAAAAACCGCUGCAGUUAAAGCAAAACUAGCAAAAGCCACUCUGUUCAAUCCUAACUUUAACGUCACCGUCUUAGAAAUCCACCAUGAUCGAAUGAUAAUCAAUCUUGAAAAAGCAUUUGAUAAGACGUCUUGGAACUGGGUGUUAUUGGAUAUUGAGUGGAUUGUUUAUCUCAGCGAGUUGGGAACUGAUUGGCAAAAACUCAGCAAUGGAUAUGCUUACAAGCAGUUACCCACUGAAAUGACGUACAAUGGGGCCAGAGAGGCGUGUCGAGAAAUUGGGGCGUGGCUACCAGUGUAUGGACCAAUGGCCGACCGUGAAACAAUUCAAUUAGGUGCAUCAGCAGUAGAAUUUCAUGGUCGCUGGAUUGGACUGGCCAAAGACAAACACACCGUCAAUUUUGUGUGGGAAAACUGGAUAGAACCGUUUGCCAGAAACAACUGGGGUAUAGGCGAACCUCAAAUCAUUUCUACCGGCAUCACUGAAUGCGUAUACAUGAAACGAUACACCGCUAUCCUGCGAGAUCCGUCGUCUCUAUACUGGAGAACUUCAAGGUGUUCUCAGUUACGACGCGUGGUGUGUGAAAGACCCUUUCCAGUUUAGAUUAUAAAUGAAUGAGUGAAUGAGUGAAUGAGUGAAUGAGUGAAUGAGUGAAUGAGUGAAUGAGUGAAUGA